AUGUCUGGUAUCGACGCACAGAUUGCGAGGAUCAUGGAGCAUGCCCGUCUCGAAGCUUCUGCUGCCGUCAACCGUAUUCUCGAUGCGAAGCUCGCUCAGAUGCAGCAGCAGGAAGAGGAUACUGUAGACAGCGCACUCUCUCUACGUCUCGCUCAGCUGGAAGAAGCGCAAAAGAUCUUGCACGAGCAAGUCCAGGUGCCUGUAGAGGAAGCAUGUCGUCGCUUCACAGAGACAGUCUCAGCACUGCUGCAGAGAAAAGAGGACAACUUGCAGCAGCGUGCACGACUCAAGGAGGCGAUGCAGUCAAAGCGCGACUCGGCGCAGCGUCCCGAUGGACCGCUUGUCUCUGCAGAGGGCAAGCUGCAAGCAUCGCUGGAGGAUGCCACGCGUGCUGCACUCGCGUUGUAUGGACGACGCUGCGACAAGGUCGAGCGCGACUUGGCCGUGACGCGCAAGAAGGCGCUCAUCUCUCGUUUCUGA